AUGGCAGACGACUAUUCGGUACAAUUAAAAAAGGCGUUCAGAGAGUUACAGACCAAAGUGGCUGAUACAAAUCGCCGUUUACAACUUGGUGAUUCAUUAAAGAAGCAACAGGAGCAGAAUCGACGAAUAGCAGAGCUAACCAAGGCACAGCUUUUGGAGUUAGACAAGAAUACGCCUGUAUAUAUGAGUAUUGGGCGAAUGUUUGCCAAAGGAACCGUAGAAUCAGAGAUCAUACGACAUGAACAAGAAAUUGUGAAAGCAAAAGAAAAAAUAGCUGCAAUCGAUCAUCAAAGAAAAUAUCUAGAGAAAAAUUUAGCCGAGUCGGAAAAGAAUAUUAGAGAAUUAGUAGAGUCGCGACCGUGA